UCAAAACAAUCAUCUAGUAGUGAGUUGUCCCAACGCCAAAAUUUUCGACGAAAUCGCUGUCAAAAAAUGGGGAUAGAUUUUUACGGAGUGUUGCAAAUACCGCGGAGCAGCACGAACCUCGACAUCAAGAAGGCGUUUCGGGACUUGGCUCUUGAAUUCAACCCUGAGAAACUCCAGGGCGAGAAUGCCCAGCAAGUGUUCAGCCUCAUUUGCGAGGCUUACGACGUUCUCAGCGACCCUCUCCGGAGAUCAGUGUUCGAUCAAUAUGGCGAAGAGGGCUUGAAGCGGGGAGUCCCCGGGCCUGAUAGUUUCAUAGAGCCUUACCGCUACCACGGGGACCCCAUGCGCACUUAUAAAGAUUUUUUCGGUACCACUUCGCCCUACGCCAAUUUGCUCGAUUAUUUGCGCAACCCCUCGUACGAGUGCAUGACCAAGCACGGGAAAAUCUUCUGUGAGAAGCAACCGCCGAUUACCCACCCUCUGCACUUGACCCUCCACGAGAUUUUCUUCGGGGGGAUUAAAAAAAUGAAGAUUCAUCGCCUGGUUUACAUCAACGACGAAAAGACGAAAACCAAAGUUAAGGAGAAGAUCCUCACUAUUCCCAUCAAGCCGGGGGUUAGGCCUGGGACAGAGCUGGUUUUCCCGGAGGAAGGCGACCAGAGUUCGAAUCAUGUUCCCGCUGACGUUAUUUUCGUGGUUCAGGAAAGGCCCCACGAAGUGUUCCAAAGGGAGGAGGAUAAUUUGGCUAUGAUGUGUAGUGUGACACUCGAGGAGGCGCUAAUGGGGACCACGGUCACUGUUAACACAAUCGACCAUCGCACAGUUCGGGUGCCAAUAACAGACGUCAUUUUUCCUGGGUACGAAAAAAUCGUGGAGAAUGAGGGAAUGCCGGUUUUGGACGAUUAUCCCAAAAGGGGAAACCUGAUAAUACGGUUCGACAUUGCCUUUCCGAAAUAUUUACCAAAGGCUUGUAAACAUUUGUUACGGAAAGGAUUCCAGCUGGCGAAGAUUGGCGGUGGUGUUGAUCAAUACGAAACGGUUAAUAAGCUGGUUUUGGCCGAUAAAAUUCUUCGCGUUGAUCUCAACGAGCAAAUGCCACCAUAAUGUUAUCUACUUACGAUUUCAAUUUUUUUUGAAGAAUAAAUAUUUUUAACUGUU